AUGGCAAAGGGCGUCUGGAAAAUAUGCGCUCUUGCAAUCGCCUUGGUCCAAGGUGCCGCCAGCACGACCACCAUCACCUCUCCUCCUAAGGCUCUCCUGCCACGAGCAACGGGGACGUCACCACCCGCAUCAGCAUGUGCAGCUGCGUCCAGUGCAUCGAAAUCAUAUCUAGCUGCACAGCCUGGAGCCACGCAGGCAUACAUAGCUGCCGAGCUCGCCUACGAAUGCAUGAGAUCAGUCCCGAACUAUGCAGAACCUGCGAUCCGCCUUCUGAACUCUCUGCGGACGUUUCUCGAGUUCCAGAGCAACAAAGAAUAUCUGCUAAACCCGCCAUCGGGUUACCUCUUUCCGAGCCUGGAUUUUGAUGGAGAGUUUGACACUAUACAGAAAAAGGUGGAGGCAGGUGCAUAUGAGAGCGAAUAUGACAUGCAGGUCGACCUUAAUGCAAUGCUGACGUCGGCACGUGAUGGACACCUGUCGUGGAAUGGUGAUUUAAUGAAUUCCUUUCUCUUUUUGCGGACGGCUGGAGAUGGUGGCCUGGCUGCCGUCUCCUCAGAUGGAGUGGAGACUCCGCAAGUCUACCUGAUGGGCAAGUGCAUUCCUGUGACUGGCUAUGCUCCUUCGCCGGUUACGAGUAUUGACGGCGUCGACGUCGUGACUUUCCUGUUGACUCAAUCUAUGGUCUUCAGAUCUCAAGACCCAGACGCUCUGUGGAACAUCCUGGCUCCAUCGUUAACCAACAAGUGGAUCCCCACAUUCCAGCAGCCGAUCUAUUACCCAGGGCCUUCAACAAAUAUAACAUUUGCAAAUGGGACUACCUUUUCAUAUCCGAACCUUGCUCUAGUCAACGCGGAUCUGGACGGCGUCCAGACUGGGGACGACGCCUAUUCCUCGCUCUGUUCGGGCGCCUUCGAGACACAGACAUUAGCUGACACAGCCACUGCCAGCAGCGCAGCUUCUACCACCUCACAAGCACCUGCGACAACGGAGGCCCCUCCAAGCUCACCAACCAUCCGGAACUAUCCAUAUCCGGUGAUUAAGCACAGCGCUGGUUCAGUGGCUGGGUAUUACUUGAAUGAUACUGGCCUUACCGAUGUGGCUGUUCUUCAAAUCCUGGAAUUUGAGCCGUCAACUGCUGUCUCACAAGAAUAUAUGAGGGAGUUUCAGUCAGUGGUAGAAAAGUUCCUCGAUGCGUCGGUCAAGACCGGAAAGAGGAAGUUGAUAGUUGACCUUCAGGGCAAUGGAGGUGGCUUAAUCGACCUUGGGACCGACACCUUUGCCCAGCUCUUCCCAUCCAUCGCACCCGACACCAAGUCGAACAUGCGAGACCAUCUUGGUUUCUGGAUCCUGGGCAAUGCUGCGUCGUCAUUGAUCGCAGCUGACGUGAAAUCCUCCGACCUCGAGGACGAGCUAGAGGAUGAGAAUAAUUACAGCCCACUGGCGUUUCAGUCGGUCGUCAGUUAUCAGUUUUACGAUUUCCCUGAUUUCCAGACAUUCUAUGGGCCCUACCCCGCGAAUGCCGGAAACUUCUCUGCCUUCUUUCAGAACAACUACACGGAUCCAAGUGCUUCAGACUUUGCAGGAGAUGGCAUAAUCAUUACAGGGACGAACAAUCGUACCGGAUUCCGACAACCCUUUGCGGCACAGGAUAUUGUCGUCCUUACCGAUGGCUAUUGUGCAAGUACUUGUACAGUGUUCUCUGAGUAUCUGAAAAUGGCCGGUGUACAAUUUAUUGCAAUAGGUGGGCGACCACAAACAGGCCCCAUGCAAGCGAUUGGUGGCGUGAAAGGCAGUCAGGUCUUUACAUUUGUUGGCUUAAUGGUACCAGGCUGGGUCGAUCUCUUCCACAGCCCCAACAACACAUUCUUGGGCCUGGCGAACGGCACAAUCUGGGAGAACUUCACCUACGAGCCGGUAUUACGGACAAUUGACCUCCUGGGUGGGGGAGUAAAUGGACGCAACCAUUUUCGGAUUGGCGACCAAACGGACACCCCACUUCAAUUUGUGUACGAAGCAGCGGACUGUCGCAUCUGGUAUACGAGGGAAAUGCAAUACGAUCCGACCUUCACGUGGUCACGAGUGGCCACCGUUGCUUUUCAAGAACGAACGGGGACACAGUUCAACUCGAAAUACUGCGUCGCAAACAGCACAGGACAUCCGACCAGUAUCUCUGGAGGAUGGAAGGCUCCGUGGCUAGGGCCGCAAGACCCACCGGCAAAUUCCAGGGCGACGGUCAGCGGCUGGAAGCUACAAGGCAAACCCCUUCAACCGUUGUCCCCGGGAAAUUCGCCACCGAAAUCGCAACAGACAGGGACCGGUUCACCCACGAGUUCGACUGGAGCGUCGAAGCCAACCUCGACAUCGGGCAGUGGGUCGGACUUGGUCUUUGGAAAUGACGGCGUGUCUGACGACAUUGAUAUCGAUGGCACCAAUAUCGACGGUACCAACGUCGACAGUGCUGAGUUGAUCUCGAUUAAGCAAGCAUGUUCCACCUACACGGGGGAUGCGUGGUUGAUUAAGGUGAUAUGUGGGGCAUUGAACGGGAGGAAGUGA